GCGCGCCCGUGACCCUGCGCGACGCCCUUCGACGCCGUCCUCGCCGUGAACUUGAAGCCGCCGCCGCCGUCGUCGCCGCGACCUCCUGCACCGGCCCGCGGCCCGUGAGAGACUUGGACCAGCGCCCAACGGCCGCCCUUCCGCCCCUCGGGCCUUCGCGACCCUCGCGGCCCUCACGGCCCUCACGGCCCUCGCGCAGUGUGGCCGCGCGCACCGCCAACAUGACCGCCUUCAUGGCGGAGCACGGCAACCCGGGCAGCCCUACAGGCACGCCGACGCCGGGCACCGCGGCGGCCGCCGGCAUGUACGGGUCCACGUCGACCAACAAGCCGACGCCGUCGCCGCCGCCCACUGUGUCCCUGCGCGUCGACCGCGCCGUCCUGGAGCAGCGCGACCUGCAGGGCAGGUUCUCCUACCACGGCUCCGCCGUCAGCAAGUGCUCUGAGAAGGAGCCGGAGAGCAGGUGCCGGCCGUCGUGGUGCCCGUCGUGCGACGACGUCCGCCGCGUGCUGCCGCGCGUGGGGGCGGCCUGCACGGCCAGGAAGGCGGCCGACGGCGUGCGCAGCGUGUUCCCCAUCGUCGAGUGGCUGGGCCGCUACAAGUGGAGGGAAGACCUCGUCGGCGACCUGGUGUCUGGCUUCACCGUCGCCGUCAUGCACAUCCCCCAGGGCCUGGCGUACGCGUUGCUGGGCAACGUGCCGCCCGUCGUGGGGCUCUACAUGGCCUUCUUCCCCGUCCUGGUCUACUGCCUGUUCGGCACGUCGAGGCACGUGUCCAUGGGCACCUUCGCCGUCAUCUGCUUGAUGACGGGCCACGUGGUGACGGCGCACACCACCCCGCACGUGCUGCCCGACCCGGCCGACAACGGCACCGAGCCCGUGGGGCCGCUGCCCACCAACAUCGAGGUGGCGACGGCCGUGGCGCUGAUGGUGGGCGCCGUGCAGAUGCUCAUGUGGGCGCUGCGGCUCGGCGUGCUGUCCGCGCUGCUGUCCGAGGCCCUGGUCUCGGGCUUCACCACGGCCGCGGCCAUCCACGUGCUCACCAGCCAGAUCAAGGACCUGCUGGGCCUGCAGCUGCCCAGCUCGCACGGGGGCAUGUUUAAGAUCAUCUCGCAGUGGAUCGCCAUCUGCACGUACAUUGGCACGGCCAACGUGGCGGCCGUGGUGGUGUCGCUGGUGACGAUGCUGCUGCUGACCGUCAACAACGAGGCCCUCAAGCCGUGGCUGUCGCGGCGCUGCGCGCUGCCCGUGCCCAUCGAGCUGCUGGUGGUGAUCGCGGGCACACUGCUGUCCACGGGGCCGGGCGCGCCCCUCGCGGUGUACCAGCUGCAGCCCCUCGGCCCCAUCCCCACCGGGCUGCCCGUCCCCGCCGUGCCCAAGCCCGGCCUGCUGUGGGCCGUGGCCGUCGAGUCCAUCCCCAUCGCCGUCGUGUCCUACACCAUCGCCAUGUCCCUGGCGCUCAUCUUCGCCACCAAGAACGGCUACGAGGUGCGGCCGAACCAGGAGCUGCUGGCGCAGGGCGCGUCCAACCUGGUGGGCAGCUUGUUCUCGUGCAUGCCGGUGACGGCGUCGCUGUCGCGCUCCGCCGUGCAGGAGGCGGCGGGCUGCAAGACGCAGCUCACGUCGCUGGUGUCGUGCGCGCUGCUCACGGUGGUGCUGCUGUGGGCCGGCCCCUUCUUCCAGCCGCUGCCGCGCUGCGUGCUGGCCGCCAUCAUCGUGGUCGCGCUGCGCAGCAUGCUCAUGCAGGUGCGCGCCGCCCCCGGGUACAUGCGCAACUCGCGCUGGGACGGCAGCGUGUGGCUGGUGACGUUCCUGGCCGUGGUGCUGGUGGACAUCGACGUGGGGCUUGGCGUGGGCGCGGCCUUGUCGCUGGCCUCGUUGGUGUGCCAGGGCGUGCGGCCCGUCUGCCACCUGCUGGCGCCGCUGCCCAACACCGAGCUGUACGUGGACCCCGCUCUGUACGGCGCGGCGCAGCGCGUGCCCGGCCUGGCCAUCUUCCGCUACGCCGGCGUCAUCAACUUCGCCACCAGGCCGGCCUUCCGCGACAACCUCUACCGCCUGGUCGGCGUCAACCCGGAGAAGGAGUUCGCCCGCCAGGGCAAGGUGCAGCAGGGCCACCUCCAGGACGUGGGCCCCGCCGGCAGCACGGCCAACUUCGUGGAGGAGAUGAAGCGGCAGGAGCCGUCGGAGCUGCACGCCGUGGUGCUGGACAUGAGCGGCGUGGUGCGCGUGGACUCGGAGGGCGUUCGCACACUGCUGCGCGUGGCGGACGACUUCGCCAAGGUGCGCGUCGCCGUGGUGCUGGCCGCGCCCGCGGACAACGUGCUGGGCGCCAUCGUGCGCGCCGGCCACCCCGCCGACCGCCUGCGCGUCUUCCCCUCCGUGCACGACGCCGUGGUGGCCAUGACGGCGGCCGGCGCCGCGGAGCAGGUGCAGGCCCGGGUGUGACAUCAGCCGCUCUUUUAUUUAUUCUUCGUUUUGGAACACUGCUUUUUUUUCACCGUGCGUUGUGUGUUGAUUUCGAAAAUUGGAGAUGAGCAGGAUGUUAUUGCCGACGGGCGGGGCAGUGCUCAGGAUGUGCCAGGCAGUGCUAUGCCUCCCCAACGACUGCCACAACGAACACCACGCCGUGUGGACCGCGCGGCACUGCCACUCCUGUAGUCUCAAGUCAAGAAUCUUGCGGAAUCGGAAAUGUCGGUGCGGAAAAAAAAUGACACAGUAUAUUUUUUAUGAUGCUCGAUAUAUUUAUGUGUAUUAGUUUUAAUGCAAAUGAUUGUGAUUGAUGUCUUUCCAUUAGACUACUGCUCUGUUUAAGGAAGUAUAGGUUUUAGGUAACGUUAAGCUCAUUUUUGUUUUAUUCGAGUGUUACCCGUGUAUGAAUUUUGAAACUUUUGUUGUCCGUGAGAAAGAAGCGGCUUUGUAACAACGUGUCUUUUUUGCCAGAAAGCAUAGUGUCUGAGCCUCUCUAGUUAAUUUCGAUUGAACGAAAUGUGAUAUAAUGUGUAUGCCUUAUUGCCUUACCGGUGCCCACCGGUGUCGUAUGUUAGUCCAACAUAGAGUUAAAGUUAAAAAUCACGGACCCCGACUCCCGUCACGAUGUGCGGCGAGAGUGGGUGCCGUCGACUCCGGCUUGAUUAGCUUCUGCCUUGGUUUGCUCACAAAUUAAGACUGAAACAUAUAUUUUUUUGCAGUUGCUUGCAUUAGGCCUAUGAAGGAAGCCGGGGCCGCUUGUGCGGCCGGCAGUGUUGCCAUGUUGUCAAAUUGUGGAACUCAGCGUCCGUUUAAGCUAGAAGUUGAUUUAAGUUGACGCUUCUCUAGUCCAUGUAGACAGAGAGAUUGACUCCCAGGCUUGUCGCUUCCGAUGUGCAGAUCAGCGGGGAAGCAGAUUCCCUAUGGAGAGGGAGGCAACUCCUUUAGACACUUAAUUUACCCUGUAAAAUGGACCCAUUCCUUUUGUAACGUAGAAGUAACUAUUUAUAAAUCGUGAGCCCAACAUGUGAUACUCCAUACUCUGUAUAUUUUAGACUAGUUGCUGGUAAGCUUAUUUAUCACUAUGGUUAGUUAAGAUAAUAUAUUUUGUCUAAAAUGAAUUUGUGUGUGCUAGCUAGCAUGGCCGAAAGAAAUCAACUUCUGGUCAAAGUCUACAUAAAAAGAAAUUCGGAGCAGAAUUGUGAACAUAGUAACGAUUUAAUUAAAAAGCGUUUGUGAUCUGAAUUCUAUUUUGUAUCUUGCCUAAAGAAUAAAUUGAUUAUGAUGAAAGCGAG